AUGGAUGUAUGCGCUCGAUAUCCUGAGGUGGCCGUCGUCGACUUCACUUCCUCGUGGCGCGACGGGCACGCGUUCAACGUGUUGUUGCACAACUUCGACCACAAGCUCGUCAAAAUGGCGGAGAUUGCCGACAUGUCGGCGCUCGAACGGCUUGAGCACGCUUUUGCGGCGGCCGAACGACUGGGGGUUCCGAGGCUGUUGACGGGGAAAGACCUCCACAGCGAAUAUCUGGACAGCCGCUCGGUGGUCGUCUAUUUAAUGUCCCUAUAUCUUUCUCUACUCGCACAUUCUGAUCGAUCUGAGAGGCAUACUACUACUACCAUUCUGCCGCAC